CAUGGCCGGCCACUAUGCUGAGCGCGCUCCGGCUGUGGUCGGCGGGAAGAGGCAGCAGUUUGGAAGCAGGUUCCUGAACGAUCCGGCGCGCGUCUUCCACCAUAAUGCCUGGGACAAUGUGGAGUGGUCGGAAGAGCAGGCCGCCGCAGCGGAGAGGAAAGUCCGGGAGAACAGUACCCAGCGGGUGUGCCAGGAGAAGCAAGUUGAUUAUGAAGUCAAUGCCCACAAAUACUGGAAUGAGUUCUACAAAAUCCACGAAAACAGGUUUUUCAAGGAUAGACAUUGGCUUUUCACUGAAUUCCCAGAGUUGGCACCUAGCCCGGACCAAAAUGACUUUAAUGAUUGGCUCUCAGAGAACAAGAGGAGUGAAGUACCUGAAGGUAGGAGCAAGGAGGACGGACCUGGUUUAAAGAUAGAAGAACAGCACAUGUGUUCUUCAGAUAGCCUUGGACAUAAAACACAGAUGCCUCCUGUGGAAGGAGAUGUAACUCAGAAACUCAGCCGCCUGGAAAUCUGUGCUGAUGAGUUCCCUGGAUCCUCGGCCACCUACAGAAUACUCGAGGUUGGUUGUGGUGUGGGAAACACAGUCUUUCCGAUUUUACAAACUAACAAUGAUCCGGGACUUUUUGUUUACUGUUGUGAUUUUUCUUCCACGGCUGUAGAACUGGUCCAGACAGAUUCAGCAUACGAUCCUUGUCGGUGCUUUGCCUUUGUCCACGAUCUGUGUGAUGAAGAUACGAGUUACCCAGUGCCCGGGGAGAGCCUCGACAUCAUCAUCCUCAUAUUUGUUCUUUCGGCCGUUGUUCCAGACAAGAUGCAGAAGGCCAUCAACAGGCUGAGCAGGCUUCUAAAGCCCGGAGGGAUGAUGCUUCUGCGAGAUUAUGGCCGCUAUGACAUGGCUCAGCUUCGGUUUAAAAAAGGUCAGUGUCUGUCUGAAAAUUUCUACGUGAGAGGUGACGGUACUAGAGUUUACUUCUUCACCCAAGAGGAGCUGGAUACGCUUUUCACUACUGCUGGACUGGAAAAGGUUCAAAACCUGGUGGAUCGCCGAUUGCAAGUGAACCGGGGGAAACAGCUGACAAUGUACCGGGUUUGGAUUCAGUGCAAAUAUCGCAAGCCUCUUCUGUCUGGUGCUGGCUGAGAUGAUGCUGAUGCUCCUGACAUGAUAGGAGUUCAUUGGAGUUUUUUUAAAAAGAACAUAUGCAAAUGGUGUCUUGAUCUUGGAAAGUUCAAGGAUUCAGACUUGAACCUUGAACCUAGGACAGAUUGCUUUUUAUCAAGAUUUUAAUAAUUGUCCUUCAUAUUUGUGAAGGCCUUUAAUAUAUACUUUCCUCAAGUUUGUUUUGUUUCUUGUUUUGUUUUGUUUUGUUUUUCUUUUUUUUAAGUAGGCUCCAUGCCCAGCAUGGAG